AAACCUUUUCACUAAUACUCCUACUGUUCAACCACAUAUAUAUAUAUAUCAGAUUCACAAUUAUAUAUAUAUAUAACUUCUAUUUAAUUUCAAUUAUAAUUUAUUGUAAAUAAUUAUAAUUAUGUAUUUAAAAAUUAAUAAAAAAUAAAAAUAGAUGAGCUAAAUUUCAGCUGAAUAUUUGUAGAUCUGGACGAUUCAUGUCCGUCGGUAUCGCUCGGUGAUGUCUGAACCUAUUAUCUCGCUUACUGGUUCAGUAAACAAUACCCGUUGUUUGUUGCUCAAACAGUUGCUUAUUCUUUGUAUUGUUAUAUGCGUUGUUGAUGCUAAUGUUACGAAUAACGGAUCUGGUGUACGUAUUAUAACUCAACCUAAGAGGCGACUUUCUCACCAUGGUGCACCGAAGACGGUGCUGGCACCCGCGGAACCACCUAAUUAUGGACCUUUUAUGACUUCUAGCCACCCUCUUGCAAGCUCACAUUUGUCAAAACCUUCGAUGAAGAAGAGUGAAAGUGUGUCACCUGUUGCAGGGUUUACACCUCCACAGCUAGCUGAUAUUGCUCCUAGUCAAUCUCGUCAUGGUUCAUUACCAACUGGUUUAGCCCAGCCCCCGUUAUCCCCCCGUGCUUCCAAUUGCUGUGGGCCUGAAUCGGUGUUGAAGCGCGGUACUGAGGGAUGUCACUGUGUAUAUCCAAUAAAGCUUGACAUUCUCCUUUUAAAUGUCUCAUCAAACCCAAAUUGGCCUCUAUUUCUUCAACAAUUUGCAACUCAACUUGGUCUGAGGGCUUCCCAGAUUGAGCUAAUAAACUUCUAUUUGCUCGGCUUAUCGAGACUCAAUAUUUCAAUGGACAUAACUCCACAUACAGGAGUCAGUUUUAGUUCCAGUGAAGUUUCUGCAAUAAACUCUUCACUUUCUACGCACAAGGUUCAGUUAGACCCUAAGCUCGUGGGUGACUACAAGCUUCUCAACUUAACUUGGUUCAAGCCGGUUGCUCCUGCUCCAGCCCCUCGUGUCACAACUCCUCCAACAAAAGCACCUCCUGUAAAACCUUCAUCUACAACAUCUGCAAAUACUUCAAGUAGUGGAAAACACCUCAGCUUAAUUCUUCUUAUUUGCAUUGGUGCGGGUAUCCUUUGUGUUGCUGUUAUCUGCGUUCUUAUCCUUUGCUCUUGUGCUUCGCAUCGCCGAAAAUCUGAACAAUUGCCAAAAGAAACCGUCAAGCCAAGGACGGUGGAGGCUCUUACAACUGUAGGAUCUUUUGCGCAUCCUAGUAGUACACGGUUUCUUCAAUAUGAAGAACUAAAAGAAGCGACAAACAACUUUGAACAUGCUAGUAUACUUGGCGAGGGUGGAUUUGGAAUUGUUUUCAAGGGUGUACUGAGUGAUGGGACACAAGUAGCCAUAAAGAGGCUUUCUAGUGGAGGUCAACAAGGUGAUAAGGAAUUUCUGGUCGAAGUUGAGAUGCUUAGUAGACUGCAUCAUCGUAACCUUGUGAAACUUGUUGGUUACUAUAGUAACCGUGACAAUUCAGAAAAUCUUCUUUGCUACGAACUUGUUCCAAAUGGAAGUCUAGAGGCUUGGCUUCAUGGUCCACUAGGGGUUAAUUGCCCUUUGGAUUGGGAUACCAGAAUGAAAAUCGCCCUUGAUGCAGCAAGAGGACUUGCAUAUCUGCAUGAGGAUUCUCAGCCAUGUGUGAUUCACAGAGAUUUCAAGGCCUCUAAUAUUUUACUUGAGAACAAUUUUAAUGCUAAAGUGGCAGACUUUGGCCUAGCUAAACAGGCGCCAGAAGGCAGAGCUACUUAUUUGUCCACUCGUGUUAUGGGUACAUUUGGGUAUGUGGCACCUGAAUAUGCUAUGACUGGGCAUCUUCUGGUCAAAAGCGAUGUCUACAGUUAUGGGGUGGUCCUGCUUGAAUUGUUGACGGGAAGGAAGCCAGUCGAUAUGAGCCAACCAUCAGGACAGGAAAACCUUGUCUCUUGGUCAAGACCAAUUCUAAGAGAUAAGGAGCGGCUGGAAGAGCUAGCUGAUCCAAAGCUUGGGGGAAAGUACCCAAUUGAAGAUCUAGCUAGAGUUUGUACAAUAGCAGCAGCUUGUGUAUCUCCGGAGGCAAACCAAAGGCCGACGAUGGGGGAAGUUGUACAGUCGCUAAAAAUGGUGCAACGGGUGACAGAAUAUCAAGACACAUCAACAACAAAUGACCGGGCCGCCCAGAAGCAAUCAUCCACUACUUUCGAAUCAGAUGGGACAUCUUCUAUCUUCUCUUCAGGUCCUUACUCAGGUUUAAGUGCCUUUGAUCAUGACAAUAUCUCUCGUACAGCUCUCUUUUCAGAAGACUUGCAUGAAGGCAGAUGAUCUGCAUCUUUUUGAAAAUCCAAGGAUCUUACGAGUGGAAGUUGGAUGAUCUGUGCCCGAUUUGGAGGCAGUGCAAAUGCUUAUCUGUUGCUUCCUGGCCAAGAUCAAACCUAGAGCUCCUUUGUACCGGAACAGAAAGAGGAAAGCCGCCACAAGUUAGCAUUCCUAGAAUUUCAUUGUACAUUAGCUACUGUCAGUUACGGUGUUUUUAAUUGUUAAAAAGUUUCUCUUUUUUUUCCCUUCCGUUUUUUGUUUUUUUUGUUUUCUUUUGCCAAGUGUUGAUUUACUAGUUUCUAGGUUUUUUCUGAUCAUACCGGCUGUCACUGAUCAUGAGACAAAAAUUGUUCAUCAAAUCAUCUCA